GCUCACACAGCCAGGGAUCCGCUUAGCGAGCGUCCAAAUUAAAAAGGGACCUCCGUAUCUCAUUUGAUAAUCCUCGACUGUCUUCACUCUGCGAAUUAUACAGGAAGUGCAGCAGCAAGCAGCACGGCUCAGUUUGCGAUUUGCAGCCGUUAAAAUUAUCGCUUGUGCGCGUUUUUUUUUUAAGCCUUGGAAGUAUUCUUUUUCAACACAAGGACGUGUUCUGUAGCUACGCGAAGAGCGACCUCGACUUUAGUAGACAUGUGUAUGAGACAAGGCUGUCAAUUCAAGACCCUCCUCGCGGUUUUGUUUCUUGCUGCUGCCGUAGGCAAAAUACAUGGACAAGGUCCAAAGGAAAGCAACGGCAUCAGUAAGAGGACGCUGGGUCCAGACAGGGACUCAUCAACACAGGACACAGAGAGCGAAGUCCACUCUGUCACCACUGUCUCUGCAAUGAACAUAGCCAACCACCAGCAUGUCCUUAAGGGCCUGCUGCUUCAUGAGCACCUUCUUACAAGGGAGUUCCAGGGCGACCAGCACUUUUUUAGGAGGGAUGGCUCUGUGGCUGCAUAUUCUACCAUUCCAGGCUCUUUGUCUGCCUCAGAUGCAGGUGACCCUGUCACUCAGCUGGUGCCCCAUGAGGAUGCGCCAGCCUUCUCAGACAUUGCCACUACAGCCACUGCGGCUGCCACCUCCCCACUGACCACAUUUUCUCCCACAACACCAAGACCGCCCAUGUCUCUUUUUCAAAAGAAGUCCUCUAAGGAGAAGACUGGGGGGGCAGACAAGGUAGAGCCGACAACAGACUCUCUCACCACUUACGUGACACAAAAUAAUAGAGGUUCAGUCAGUGAAAACAACCUAGUGGCAUCCCUAUCCUCACAGAGAAGUCGGCCUCAAAGUUGGAGUGCUUUUCCUGCAGAAGCAACUCUUGCUUACUCCUCAAUGAGGAGGGAGAAAGGGGAAGCUAGGGAAACAGCACUGAAAAACAAGGCCAACCCUGAUCAUCCACUCCCUGACCUAACUUCAGCAUCCCGAGAAGAGGGUACCACCACGACGUCCACAACCAUUAUCACAACUACCACCAUCACCACCAUGCAAACAGCAGAGCCAUGCAGUCUGAAUUCCACUGACCCUGAGGGUAACAUCGAAAUCCUGCAGCAACUUGACUCUGGAGUGGAGUGUAACUACUUGGUUACUGUUUACCUUGGAUAUGGGAUUGAGGUUCAGGUGCUAAAUGUGAGUGUGUUGGAGGGAGAGCAGGUGACAGUGGAGGAUACGGGUGGCCAGGAAGCCUUCAUCCUUGCCAAUGAGUCAGUCUUGAUGAGGGGCCUUGUUCUACGCAGCUGGAGCAACCAGAUAUCCAUACGAUUUCAUAGUGACCAACAGCACAACUCCGGAUUCCUCCUGCUGCAUUACCAAGCCUUUGUCCUGAGCUGUGCUUUUCCCAAAGAGCCUGCUGGUGGAGAAGUUUCUGUGACGCACCUCCAUGCUGGUGGAGAAGCCUUUUUCCGCUGUUUCACUGGCUACAAGUUGCAAGGUCCCAAAAUGCUUACCUGUCGCAAUGCAACCACACCUUACUGGAGUGGGAAGGAGCCCCGAUGUGUGGCAUCCUGUGGGGGAAUGAUAAAAAAUGCCACCUAUGGUCGUAUCAUCUCUCCUGGUUUCCCUGGCAACUACAGCAACAAUCUGACAUGCCACUGGGUCCUGGAGGCCCCUGAAGGCCAGCGGCUUCACAUUCACUUUGAGAAGGUGGCUCUGGCAGAGGACGAUGACAGGCUGCUGAUUAAGAAUGGCAACAACAUAGACUCUCCCCCUGUGUAUGACUCCUAUGAGGUUGAGUAUUUGCCCAAUGAGGGUGUGCUCAGUACUGGACGUUACUUGUUCAUAGAGUUCACCACGGAUGGCACAAUGACCUCCACUGGUGCAGCCAUCAGAUUUGAAGCUUUUGCAAAAGGUAUGUGCUAUGAGCCUUUUGUGAAGUACGGCAACUUCAGCAGCAGUGACUCCACCUACAGUGUGGGCGCAGUGGUUGAAUUCUCAUGUGACCCCGGCUACACGCUGGAGCAAGGUUCCGUAGUGAUUGAGUGCGUGGACGCACAAAACCCACAGUGGAAUGAGACUGAGCCAGCUUGUAGGGCUGUGUGCAGCGGUGAAAUCACAGACUCUGCUGGUGUGGUGUUGUCUCCUAAUUGGCCCGAGGCCUAUGACAAGGGACAGGACUGCAUCUGGGGUAUCCAUGUGGAAGAGGACAAGAGGAUCAUGCUUGACAUACAAGUUCUCCAUGUUGGUAAGAAUGACCUGCUGACCUUCUAUGAUGGCGAUGACCUUACAGCGAACAUACUGGGCCAAUACAGCGGCACACGACCACAUUUCAAGCUCUAUACCUCCAUGGCUGAUGUCACUAUUCAAUUUCAGUCAGAUCCUGCCACCAACAUCUAUGGCUACAACAAUGGCUUUGUUGUCCACUUCUUUGAGGUGCCGAGGAACGACACCUGCUCUGAGCUGCCAGAGAUCACCAAUGGCUGGAAAAGCACUUCCCACCCUGACCUCAUCCACGGCACAGUCAUCACCUACCAGUGUUACCCUGGAUAUGAGCUGGUAGGCUCUGAGAUCCUCAUGUGCCAGUGGGAUCUUACUUGGAGCGGUGAUGUGCCGAGAUGUGAGGAAGUUAUGACAUGUCAAGACCCUGGAAAUGUGGAGCACAGUCAUAAAGUGUUCACAGGCAGCCGCUUCACCGUUGGAUCGACAGUGCAGUUUAUCUGUAAUAAAGGCUACAUCCUGUCUGGCAGCAGCCUCCUCACCUGCUACAACCGAGAUUCAGCCACACCCAAGUGGAGUGAGAGGCUGCCCAAGUGUUUCCCUGAAAAGUACGAGCCAUGCAGGAACCCUGGCGCUGCCUCCACCAGUGUGCAGAGCUCUGAAAAGGCCUUUUAUCAAGCAGGAGAGAUUUUGACCUUCUCCUGCCACUCGGGCUACGAGCUGCAGGGCGGGGCCACCAUAUACUGUAUCCCCGGACACCCAUCACAGUGGAAUAGCACUCCCCCCGCCUGCAGAGCUUCCACAAAUCAGUAUGUAAACGAACGCAGGCUAGAUGUUGUUAAUAUGGAUUAUAGCAUGGAGGGAACCAAUAUUACUCUUGCAGUUUUUAUUCCAACUGCGAUCAUCUUGGUGGUUGUCCUCGGGAUUUAUGUCUACUUUGCAAAACUCCAAGGGAAGGCUAUCAGAAUGCCAACAUCCUCGCCACCGUACGACAACAUGACAGAAGAGUCAGCUUUCGACAACCCUAUAUAUGAGAGCGGACACUGGCAGUCUCAUUCUAGAUACUAAACCCUGUCACUGUCUACUUUGGCUGUUACUGCUGAAGAACUAUGAGGACAAGUGAAAAGGUAAAGAGGUGUCCAUUUAGAGACCGUAAAGCAAGAAUUGCUCAAGCUUUGCCUUUUGGGACUCUGUCUGCACUGCUCAUCUUUUCCUCCGACCAUUGUGUUCCCAAAUUAUUUCUUUCCAUUUUUCCUUUGUGUGGAUUACUGUAAAUCUGUCUUUCUUUCCACGGUCAAAUCUGUGAAUCUGUGGAUCUCCAUGGUGAUAUUUUUAUAAAGUAAAUUGCUGAUGACCGAUGUUUUGAGUACUUUUUGAUGCUCUUUACGCCAAGAAUGAGGGAAAUGAUGCUUUGAUUGUUGAAAUCUCCUGAACAUAAAUUCCCCUUUACCCAGCAUUCUUUGGAAAUUUUCUUUUCUUUGUGUGUAUGGGUCUGCUAUUUGUAAAUAAACUGCCUGUCAAAUAUGAGUGCCUCACAACUGACUAUAACCUGAGAAAUCACAUGUGAACAGAAUCUUUUGUUUAACUAUUAUUUCGCAUAUGUAGGCCUGACAUUAAGUCUUUUCCAUCAUAAAGUUUCACUUCAAGAAACAAAAACAGAUGAUGCCAGAUAUUUUCCUACUAGCUGAUUUGUGGUUCCAAAUGCAUAUAGCCUCAGAGGAUUUCUCAGAUACAUGUUUUCAUAUGGGACCCAUCAGCUAUGCAUACUUUUCUGUUCUUAUGUCACACUGUACAGUCUGCCUCAAAGGAUAAGUAGCAAUUUGUUAAUUUGUGUAUGUGGUUACACCUCAGCAUUAGCAGACCCUGAGAUAAAACCCAGUGAUAACAUACAGUAAACACAUGAGUUAGUUAAGUUACUGAUGCAGGCUGCUGAAUCAAGCAUCAAUUGAUUGGUUCUUGCAUUGCAAAUCAACAAUUAAAAUCUUACAGUGUGCAAAAUAGACCCUUCUGUAACAGGUUUUUACUUUGGGUCACAUUGUUGAGGUGCAUGUGUUUGUGUUAAAUUUGUAUAUAGACCUCACAUCCUUUGUGCAUAUCCUUUAUACUCUAACAAAUCUUUCUUUCAGUACCAUAGCUGGUACAACCGCAUCCCUGAAAAACCAAAUCACAUUCAAUAUCUAUAAUCCUCUGAUUAAUAAUAAAAGUAAUUGUUGGUUAAAGUA